AAGUGUCGUAUUACGACCACGUAGCACUCUCUGCGCAUGUGCACAACGUUGUCGGGGCCGCCCUAAGUGCCGACACCGCCCCUGCUCUAUGGUGUGUCCUUAGACCUUUGCCGUUGCGGGCAGCUGCUACGGGCUGGGUUGGCUGGCGCCGAGAGGCAGCGACAUGGAGGAAUUCGACUCUGAAGACUUCUCCACCUCAGAGGAGGACGAGGACUACGUGCCGUCGGGUGGAGAGUAUAGUGAAGAUGAUGUAAAUGAAUUAGUGAAGGAAGAUGAAGUGGAUGGUGAAGAGCAGACACAGAAAACCAAAGGGAAAAAGAGAAAGGCUCAGAGCAUUCCAGCCAGGAAGAAAAAACAAGGUGGCCUCUUGUUAUUAAUAGAAGAGGAGGAGGAAGAGGAUUCCAAUGCACAAUCUGAAGGGAGUAGCAGUGAGGAGGAUGAUGAAGAUACAGAGCAGGAAAAAGGAAUUGGAUCAGAAGAUGCAAGGAAAAAGAAGGAGGAUGAACUCUGGGCCAGCUUCCUCAAUGACGUGGGACCAAAAUCAAAAGUGCCCCCAACUACACAAGUUAAGACAGGAGAGGAGACUGAAGAGACAAGUUCAAGUAAAUUGGUCAAAGCAGAAGAGCUAGAAAAACCCAAGGAAACAGAAAAAGUUAAAAUCACCAAAGUAUUCGAUUUUGCUGGUGAAGAAGUGAGGGUGACUAAGGAAGUGGAUGCUACAUCUAAAGAAGCCAAAUCCUUCCUCAAACAAAAUGAGAAAGAAAAACCACAAGCCAAUGUCCCUUCAGCUCUGCCAUCCCUCCCUGCUGGGUCAGGGUUAAAAAGAUCGAGUGGCAUGAGCAGCCUUUUGGGGAAAAUUGGCACCAAGAAGCAGAAAAUGAGCACCCUUGAGAAGUCCAAAUUGGACUGGGAGAGCUUCAAGGAGGAAGAGGGGAUUGGUGAAGAACUGGCCAUCCAUAAUCGAGGGAAAGAGGGGUACAUUGAACGGAAAGCUUUCCUAGAUCGAGUGGAUCACAGGCAAUUUGAAAUUGAGCGAGAUCUCAGGCUGAGCAAAAUGAAACCUUGAUGUCACGGGCAAAAUCGAUAGCAGCUUAAUCCUGUUUACAAUGUGAGCUUCUUGUGUAUCUGUGAAAUGUUUUCCAGUGUUUCUUACCGACUGUUUCCCAGCAAGGUCUUUUUUUCUACUUUGAAAUUCUGUCUGUAUCUUGAUCUCGUGGUUUCAUUCAUUUUACUUUUAAAAGUUUGUCUUGAAAUAAAUAAAUAAAAGCUGGUCCCAUGAGAGGCUGGUGCAGAUGAUGACCUCA